GUUAUUUUGAAUGCAGCCGCUGCAACUAUUCCAAUUGUAAUCGUUACAUUUAAUGCCUGCUUUAUUAUUGAGCAAACCACUUGAAAAACGGCAGUAAGCCGCUCUAAAUCCAGCACUUUCACGGGAAAACAAUAAGCGCUUAGGUGCUCAGUGGUCUUCGUGAUCUAAAAAACCGAAGUUAGUUCAAUUGUACAUCAACACAUAUUUUUCUGCUUCUCCAGCGUUUAAUGAGUCAAUAGAAAUUUUUAAGCGACAUUCGUCGGUCCAAAGACCUUCAUAAUCAUGAAGAUGGUCACUGGGAAUCAAGUGACUAGACUCACUACACUGAACUGUGCAGAAGACUUAUGAUGCUCCACGAAGACCAAUGAAAUUUGCAACAGAUCAUCAUAAACCCGAGGCAAUUCUACGUACUAGUGAUUUAAAAUGUUCUAAAAGCACGCCACGUUAAAAUCCUGUCAUAUUGGUUAUAUUCGUAUUAUCAAACUUUAUAUGAUUGGUAAGGCAACACUUCAGUAACGGAGCGAUCUUCGAAUAAUUUUCGCUGCUUUACUAAACGUCGAGAUUUAUCUCCGAGCCGUAAAGCUUCACUGGCACCCCCUGAUAUUAUAAUUUACAACAUGGUCGAAGAAAAGUUCAAGGUUUUAACAUUUAAUUGCUGGGCCGUGUUUUUCCCGUCUCCGACUGUGAGAAAAGAAGACCGUGUUAAUGCGAUUGCCGCGAAGUUAUCAGUUGGGGAUUUCGACGUGAUUUUACUUCAGGAGAUUUGGCUGGAAUCAGAUUACAGAAAGCUCCGAAACAUUCUGGACGAGAAGUAUCCAUACUCUAAUUACUUUUAUUGCAACCUUAUAGGAACUGGUAUGUGCAUAUUUUCAAAAUGGACUAUAGAAUGUGUGUUCACACAUCCUUUUACUACUAACGGAUAUCCUCAUCUUAUUCACCAAGCUGAUUACUAUUGUGGCAAAGGUAUUGGGUUAGCCCGGAUCACAAGCAAAGAAGGAUUUAGGAUUAACUUUUAUGUAACCCACUUAAUUGCUCGUUAUGAAUUAGAUCGUAUGUUAGAUAAAUAUAAUGGACAUCGAAUAUCUCAAUUAGUUGAAAUAAUGGAAUUUGUUCGCAUGACAUCCACUGGUUCUGAUGCAAUUAUAAUUACUGGAGAUUUCAAUUUGGAAUCGAAUACUUCAGCUAUUGAAUUGUUUAGUACUUCAUUAAAAUUGUCUGAUGCAUGGCUUAAUAAUACUGUUGCUUUGAAGAAUACAAAUAUUACAGAAUUAGAGUCAGAGGGAUGUACGUGUGAUCGAGCUGAUAAUCCUUAUCGUAAUCAACUUUGGACAAAUACAUAUGGGAAUGGUGAAAGAUUAGAUUACAUAUUUUAUCGUUCUGGGCCAUCAAUAAUAGAUUCAUUUCAUAUACCAUGUAAGAUAAUGAUGGUGAUGAUAUUAUUGUUAUUGGAUUGAUUUAUCCUUUUUUGGUUUUAUAUCCCUUUAAAUAAUGUUGAUUGAUUGGUAACUUGGUUCCAUCAUCAUUACCAUCGUUUUUUUUUCGGAUGAAACUGACUUACGAACACACCGUCUUAAGACCUCUUCUCUCUGCAUUAUUCGCCAAUACUAAUAGGUAUAAAAACUUAUGCUAAACUUGUCUGUGAUUCGUGUUGGUUAGAUAUGCGUAAAGUACCUGACGACCCAUAUGGUUUACAUUAUUCCGAUCAUGAAGGUGUAGCUGCAAGCUUUACUAUUACAAGAUUACGCAAUCCUGUAAAACCAGCUUUAUCAACAUAAUUUUAUCUUUGACUUGUUGCUCGUGACGAUCGGAAUUCUGUUAUGGCUCAAAGAGACAGCCGAUUAUAUGACAGUGACUUAUCGAUCGGAUCAAGGAUUCAGAAUCUCGAUAGUCUAUUCUGGUCCGUUGUCCCCAACUCUGCUAACUCGAUCAAGAAGUCUGGUAAGGUGUAGAAAGUGUAUUCUACAGACAAACAGCAGAUAACCAGUCUGGCGGCAGAUCAGAUCAAGCGUACAAGUCAAGCGUAUUUAUACAAAUAUUUACAAUCGAUAUUGUCAUGGAAGAUUUUUGAACAUUAAUCAACAAUUGACUGCUAUUUGAACAUUUAAUCCAUAGUUCAUCAAUUGACCUAUUUGUACAUUUAAUCGAUAGUUCAUCAAUUGACCUAUCUGCACAUUUAAUCGAUAAGUAAAUUACAAAAUUUGAGUUUUGGGGAUCUAUCGUCCCCAACAAAUUCAGACAAGGCUAGAGUACAAUAUUCGCCAUUAAUGCCAUGUAUGAUCGUUGCACUGAAUUGCGAAUUGUUUGAAGUGGAAAAGUGCAUGAAUCGACGCCGGCCCAUUAGUUCUAAGGGUUAAGUGUUCAUUGCGAAAUCUGAAGAUCGUGAGUUUGGUGACUGUUGAGGUCACGGCUACUCAUUGACAAGAAGCCUUUGAUAGCUCAUUGAUCUGAUUCCAAUGUUGAUAGACGUAUGAAUAUGUUAUGAGCAUAAAUCUUUCAUUUAAUUCCGUAUAUUACCCAUGCUAAUCCGACAGUAAUAAGAAACCAAAUACAGAUUGGAUUGGAUGAAUUUAUUUCAUGCUCUCGUUUAUCCAGACGGACAUUCAGAAUAGGAGGCGUUAAAGAGAAGCGGAGCGGCAAAGGCGAGUGGGCCAACUCGUUUUGAUAAAGCAAGACUUAAUAUAUAUAGCCAGACAAAAGUAAUCCGAAGACAUGUGAUGAGUACGGUAAGCAAUCCAUACACAUGCACUAAAAAAACAAAGUUAGUAAGUGAAUAAUUAACAACAUCAAAAUUUGAUUCAAGAACGAAUAAACUGGUCUAUACGGAAGCUCACUCAGUCAGUAACAACGUAGAACUU